AUGGAGGUUUUGUCAACUGGCGAGAACGUGAUGGGUGAUCUGAAUGUGAUGAUGGAUAUUAAGUUGUCUCGUACCUCAUCGAUGCGCAGUGACGCCAGACAGGAGGGAACUGAGAUGGGUGCUCUCUCCGGAAAACAAACCGCCAAAGAACAUGAGUAUGGCUCUCAGAUACUCGCGGGUGAUAACUGGGCUCCGACUAGUGGCGCUGAGAAGACAUCUUCUGUUGCUGCAACCUACAAUUGA